AUGGCGGAGAGCUACAAGGCGAGAAAGGAGGCCUUCGUCUCGAACCUCUCGGGGAGCAACGUAUGGGACAUCAACACAGUGUCAGCGGUGGUUCCGAGCGCGGUGCUGCUUUGGUCCGUCCUUCAGUCGCGCCGUUCGUUAUUUACGCCAUAUGGACUACCAGCUCUAAUAGCAGACUUUCUUCUCGCCGUUGCCAGCGUAUUAUUCGCAAUCACCUUGUACUCCUCCUCCCUCGUUGUGCUGAAUGUUUUACUCCUCUCUCCUGCCGCUCUCCUUCUAUUAAGCACCAAGCCACAGCAAGUACGGCAAAAGGCAAAACCACCAGCUGCAAAACCCGGGUCCGAAAAGAGCACUACAGAGCGUAGCCAUGGCUCCGAUACUGCAUUAGAUGUGCUCCCCCAGCGGCCCUUUCUGACUAAUUACCGAGCGGGUUUGAUGAUAACUACCUGUCUGUCGAUUCUGGCAGUAGACUUCAAUGUAUUCCCUAGGCGGUUCGCAAAGGUGGAAAACUGGGGAACAUCUCUCAUGGACUUGGGAGUAGGCUCCUUCGUCUUCUCCGGGGGUGUUGUUUCAGCUCGAUCGAUACUGGGAGGCGGCCGAGCGCCCCAGGAAUCGUUCGCAAAGCGCUUACUUGCAUCUGCACGCCACUCAAUCCCUCUCCUGGUACUAGGGCUGAUUCGCCUGUACAGUGUCAAGGGGCUGGACUAUGCCGAGCACGUAACAGAGUACGGAGUCCACUGGAACUUCUUCUUCACCUUAGGCUUACUACCCCCAUUUGUGGAAAUAUUCCAUGCUCUUACCACUUUGAUUCCGUGGUACGAGGCCCUCUCCCUCAUCGUCAUCGGUGCCUACCAGGUGGCGCUGGAGUCUACAAGUUUAAAGGAGUAUAUCUUGGUCUCUCCGCGCGGCCGGUCUCUGCUAUCUAAAAACCGAGAAGGAGUGUUUUCUUUUCUUGGAUACCUUGCUAUCUUCCUGUCUGGUCGAGCUGCUGGGUUACGGAUAAUACCUCGCAAACCACGCAAGGCACUCCUCAUGCAACUGGCAUCAUGGUCGGCGGUGUGGGCCACCUUAUUCUUUCUCAACUCUUUCUAUUUCUACGGAUACGGCGCGGGGAUCCCGGUCUCUCGCCGGCUGGCUAAUAUGCCCUAUGUCUUCUGGGUCAAUGCGUUCAACAUGACCCAUAUGCUGCUCUACUGUCUCAUCGAGACCUUCGUCUUCCCUUCGGUGGAGAAGGCGUCAAAUAAAACAGAAGAAGCGGAGAAGAGUGGGUAUGCGACAAGCAGGAUCAUGAGAGCCUUCAAUAAGAACGGCCUGGCCAUCUUCUUGGUUGCAAAUCUGCUUACCGGGGCCGUCAACCUGGGCAUGAACACGCUUGACGCCAGAAAGGAACUGGCCAUGGCUGUUUUGAUGCUAUAUUCAAUUAUCUUGACUGGGAUUGCAUUGGCGCUGGAUUUCUGGAAUGUAAAACUCAGACUAUAA